UGUGUGUUCCGUUGAAACCUGUCCGGCGGAAGUUGUGAUCAGGGCCUCGUCACAAAAGCAAUGGCGAGCGGUAUCGGCAAACACAAGAUACUGAAUGUGGGGCCGACGGAGCCCUGGUCAGUCAGGGAGAAAUUGUGCCUGGCCUCCUCUGUUAUGAGGAGUGGAGACCAAAACUGGGUAAGUGUAAGUAGAGCCAUCAAGCCUUUCGCAGAGCCUGGCCGUCCACCAGACUGGUUCUCACAAAAGCACUGUGCCUCACAAUAUUCAGAACUGCUGGAAGCGACUGAAGCCCCUAAGCGUAAGCGCGGUGAGAAGGGUGAGGUGGUCGAGACCAUUGAAGAUGUCAUCGUUCGUAGGCUGACCGCUGAGAGAAUAGAAGAGUUAAAAAAACUUAUACGAGACACACAAGAGCAGUACAGGAAGUUGAAGAAGGAGGUGGAUCUGAUACAGAUGGGUCACAUGGACUCACAGCUGAAAGAGCUUUGGGGAGAGAUCACACUAAAGAAGAAGCAGGACGAGGAGGAAGCAGAGCAGAAGAGGAAAGCCACAGAAAUGGCGUACCAAGCUCGCCAGGCAGUGAAAAACACACCCAAGCGUCUGCCCAGUGUGACUGUACGGUCUCCCCUGGGUGCCAGCCCGCCAACGCUGGAUUCUCAGACUGACUCUUCAGCGCCCACUCCACCCAUGGAUACAGGAGCUGGUGUCUCAGAAGAUACAACCACCACCCACUCAGUUGCUCAGGGGGUAGGAGUGUUUCUGCCAGCAGCAGACCCUCCAGGACCUGGGCCCAAAGAUGGUGGACUCGCUGCUCUAGUAGAUGACUCUCCACAGAAAAGGCUCCUAGCCCAGAAGGCCACACCGCCACCCUCACCUCUACUGUCAGAACUGCUGAAAAAAGGCAACCUCAUCUCAGCCAGCCCUCGCCUGGUUGCAGAGGGCGACUCAACUGGAAGCCUAACUAAUGGCAUACAGACUGCUACGGCAGCCACUGCCUUACCACCUGGUCAUGACAUCAUCACAGAGGGGGAAGCAGAGGCCGCAGUGAAGGCAGAGCUCGGUGAGGACACGGGAUUAGUAGAAGAAGACCUCGUGGCUGUGUCUUACAUUGGUGAUGAACUGGACCUGGAGACAGUGGGAGACAUCAUUGCCAUCAUAGAGGAGAAGGACGAUGACCCUGUGGCUUUGGAUGCAGCUGCGGUGGAAGCAGCUCUCUCUCUGUGCGAAGAGGCCGUGUCAGAAGGUCACACCCUCCCUGGCCCCUGGGAGACGCAGGAGCUAAAAGCUUCAGAGCCCACAUCCACCAUCCAAGAGUCAGCGCCCCCACAGACACCUCAGGAUAUGGCUGCAACAUUAGCCCCGACACCUGCCAGCCAGGAGACACAAAACCAGCCAGAUACUAAAAGGGAAGAACCGCUUAAGGGAAACUAUGAAGGACCUGAGGUGACAGGAAGUGAUGUCACUUCUUCUGUCACCUCUGAUGAUGGUGUAGCAGCAAGUGAAGUCGCAGAGGAGGGGCCCGUGGUCAAAGAAGUCACUGAAGCUACAGUGAAGAGUGAAGGAGAGGAGUGGAGUCAGCCUGAACCCAACCCACCUUGCUUAGACUCUGAGGACAGCUCUGUGUCCGGGAAAGAGUCCAAGGAGGUGAAGGAGGAGGAGGCAGGGAGCGAGGGCGACCCCGAAGAAGCAAUGGAGCUGAAGGAUGAGUGUGGAGAGGGGGAGGGUCCAUAUUUAUCUGAGGUGGAUCGGGCAGCAAGUGAGAGUGAGGAUGGAUACGGCCCGCCCUCCCAGCGCUACACUGCUGAUUCACUGGCCAGCAGCCCGGCCUCUUCUUCCCAGCUCUCUACAUGUGGCGAAGACCAGGAGGCGGUCCAGGCGCAGAAGAUCUGGAAGAAAGCCAUUAUGCUGGUGUGGAGAGCUGCAGCCAAUCACAGGUACGCCAGCGUCUUCCUACAGCCUGUGUCAGAUGACAUCGCCCCAGGUUACCACAGCAUUGUACACAGACCCAUGGACCUGUCGGCCAUAAAGAAGAACAUCGAGUCCGGUGUUAUCCGUACCACCGCUGAGUUCCAGCGCGACAUCAUGCUGAUGUUUCAGAAUGCCGUCAUGUACAACUCGUCGGACCACGACGUGUACCACAUGGCGCUGGAGAUGCAGCGCGACGUCCUGGAGCACGUCCAGCAGUUCCUGGCCACCCAGCUCAUCAUGCAGACCUCAGAGAGCGCCAUCUCUGCCAAAAGCCUCCGAGGCAGGGAGGGAAAUCGUAAACCAGGAGAGCCAGCCGAGAAGGAUGGAGGCACUAGGGGGCGGCGAAGUGCCAUGGAGGCCGACCUCAAGAUGAAGAAGUAGUGCAAGAGGGGGCUGAGAGCUGCUCUUCGAAUGUUGCAGCUGAUUGCUUUCUGGUCACUUUGGUCGUUUUCUGAAGAGGACUGUGCCGUCUCCAUGUGCCUGGUUUUUGUGUGCACACACACACACACACCUAUGCUAAGGUACAUAAGUGUGUGUGUGUCUGUGUGUCUGAGAGAGCUGCACAGCGUUUCCUCCUCUCCCAUUCAUGGGGCGCCAUGGGAUGUUGCACCAAUUUUCCCAAGAAUCAUUUCACCAGCACGGGUAGCGGGGUCAUAAUUUGCCCCUGCUGCAACACAACAAGGACUUUGUGAUAGAGAACAAUACUUUCACCAGCAACAGUUUGUUUGGGAUCAGAUGGAAACGGGCCAGUUCUACUUGGCAGGUUUGAUCACUUUGAGUCGUGCGUACGUCCUGCACCCGAUUAUGCUCAGUCCCUUUGGGCUGAACAGACGUCAACAACGAAGAUGGCCACAUGAGCAACCAUGAUGUAUAGUUCCACAAAUUCAAAGCGAGUCUUCUAGCGCCGCAUGUUGGGCUGACACCACCCCGAGCUAAGAAAUCUAUUAGUUUGACCACUUCUAAAGCAUAAUGGUAAAAUAAGAGUUACUUAAAAUAUUUCAUAAAAUAGAUUUCUGAUUUUUUUUUUGGUUGCAAAAUUGUGGUUUGUGUCUUCUAUUAAUAGUAAUUUAAUUGAUUUGAUUCAAUCUGUUGGCCAGUGUAUACCAGUGCAUGUUUCAGCCCAUUAAACUGCAGAUUUUUCACUUUUCUACUGAUCGUACUUCUGAGUACAAUUGAUAAUAAGGGUAAUAUAUAUAUAUAUAUAUAUAUAUAUAUAUAUAUAUAUAUAUAUAUAUAUAUAUAUAUAUAUAUAUAUAUAUAUAUAUAUAUAUAUAAAAUUCAGCCACAGGUUAAACUUAUAUCACAGAAGCAGGAAACUCAGUAACACUUUGACUCUCAACACUGAGCAGGGCUGCCACUGAUGUUUGGCAACAAGCUCUUAACCCGAGGUAUCGGCAGCACCAAAAAGAGGCUUUCAAAACAUUACCCGGCUCUUGCAGUUAUUUAAUUAGGUUGACCUCAAAUGUUAAAGCCCUUAUACUAGGAAAUACACUAAGGCCUAAAGUUGCCCUUGAAGACAGGAAGCAGCUUUAAAAACCAGUGGUUUGUGAAAAAACAGCUGUUAUUUAAUGGGCUUUAACAGUUUGUUGCUGAAUCAUUGCCACUUAUUUAGGCUGUGUGCUGUGUAUAGAGCACAGGAAAUGUUUUUGUAAUGCGUGUCAAGGAGUGAAGUUUUGUACUGGAAAAGGUUCAUGUAGUUGUGUUUGGGUAGCUGAUACGUUUGUGUAAAUUUGUUAAUAAAGAUUUGAUCCAAAUGUGUAAGGGUCAGUUUGGGGAUUUAA